UGUGCAAUGUGCAAUGUGCAAUGUGCAAUGUGCAUGCACUCGAUACAUUCCUUUCUCCUUUUCACUCAACUCAACUCCAUAAUUCAUUCACCCAUCUUCCCAAAACUGUGGUUGAGAAGUCACGCUGAUGAUCCCUAGUCCUUGUAGCGGGUCUUCGAUCGGGACUCUCGCAUCAUGUAUUGAAUCCCAUGCUGUGGCGUACAUUAGUUUUUCAUGGGGGGUCCACUUCAAAGCCCGUGGGGGUCACAAUGCAGCAUCGCUAUGGAAAUGCGGCAUCUGAGCAUUUACGAGCGGCUCAUCGUGGUGGGAAGGAGCGUGGAGCCCCAAUUGAUCAAGACCUUGAAGCAAUACCGCAAUUAUGUUGUAACUUGGAAACCGGAAGAUGCAAUCGGUUAUCCGGUCGAAGCCGUGUUCCUACCGGGCUCAAGGAUGGAAUUCCUUUUGACGUCCCACUCGAGGACUUUGAUGAUUCUAUGACAAACGCUUAA